AUGAUUUCCAGAACCAUCUCCUAUUCGACGAGUGAUCAGGACGACAACUGCUUGAUUACUGUGCGCUAUGCUGAGGCUAUAUUCUAUCUUCAAUGGUCGCCACAAGAUCUAGAUUCAGCACCCGAGCUAUUACAAGAUUAUUUGGCACACCUUGACGAACUAAAGAACGAGGAUGACGACCAUAGUAGCUCAGACAGACUUAUACUACCUUUCGAAGCUCUCAUAGAUCAGCUAGCCCCAGCAAGCAAGCAGGGUCCAUCUUCCCUUCAUGACUACCUAUAUCCUCGAUGGUUUUUGCUCAAAGCAACUGUCAAUGCGGACCGCCGGACUAUCCUGCCAGUGCACAUAAAGGAGGAGAACUCUCCGUUCUGUCAACCUGGCUUGGCCCUUUACUCUAAACAGAUAGGCAGCUUAGAUCUCGGCAAAUGGGUACCGAGACUAUUCUCGUCACACGAGAUUGAACUGCCAGCAGACGCAGAAAAACAUCCACUUCUACACCGCCCGACCAAGGUAAUCACAAAGGAGUCGCAGACGGAAUACUUCUUUAAAGGUCUCGGCCCGGGAUUUGAGGGGACUAUCAACGAGCUUGUGGCGCUUCGAACCAUUGAUGAAGCCGCCGAGUGCGGAACACUCGCUUCUGAUGCUCGGUUCUGCCGCUUAUAUGGCCUUGUGGUGGACACGGUAGGUCCACGCAGGUUUGAUAAGCGUGUAGUUGGCAUGUUGCUCAACUACAUUAAGCCCAAACGGCCCGGGAUACUUGGUACUCUCCAAUACGUUGCCUACGAGGAACACAGUCGCAAAAAUCUUCACCGUUGGGCUAACGACCUGAACGAAAUCCUCGGCGCUUUACAUCGAGCUGGAUGCAUAUGGGGGGAUGCCAAACCAGAGAAUGUGCUUGUUGAUCAUGACGACAAUGUUUGGAUUGUUGACUUUGGGGGUGGCUAUACACCUGGCUGGGUAGAUGAAGAGCAGCAGGGUACACAAAGGGGCGACUUAGCAGCUAUGGAGAAAAUACAACAGUGGCUUGAACAACGGGAGCUCGGCGAGGCUAGGUUGACUUGA